GCCUGGGCAUAAAAGGCGGCGCUCUCCUGCCGGGCACACUCUGGUCCCCGGACGCAGAAAGAGCCACCAUGGUGCUGUCUCCUGGUGACAAGUCUAACAUCAAGGCCGCCUGGGGCAAGAUCGGCGGCCAAGCUCCCCAGUAUGGCGCCGAGGCGCUGGAGAGGAUGUUCCUGAGCUUCCCCACCACCAAGACCUACUUCCCCCACUUCGACAUGAGCCACGGCUCCGCGCAGAUCCAGGCGCACGGCAAGAAGGUGGCCGACGCCCUGAGCACCGCCGUGGGCCACCUGGACGACCUUCCCACUGCCCUGUCUGCGCUGAGCGACCUGCACGCGCACAAGCUGCGGGUGGACCCUGCCAACUUCAAGCUCCUGAGCCACUGCAUUCUGGUGACCCUGGCCUGCCACCACCCCGGCGACUUCACCCCGGAGAUCCACGCCUCCCUGGACAAGUUCCUGGCCAAUGUGAGCACCGUGCUGACCUCCAAGUACCGUUAAGCUGCAGCCUUGGCGCCCCGCCCUGCCCCCUGGGCCUCCCUGCCAGGCCCUCCUCCCCUCUCCACCACUCCUCCUGGUCUUUGAAUAAA